AUGUCCCGGAUCUCAGGUAGCGAUCGACAGGAUAUGACCGAAAAAUUCCCCUCUUUCCAGGAUUUCCCUGACCCGGCGACUCCGUCUGCUCAGGAGGUCUCCUGGGGACGGCGAAAGCCUCCAGCCAAGAUGUUCUCGUCGUUUUGGCGCCAGGUCAAAGCCGCCAAGGCGCGCAUUCCGCUGCUGAACCAGCUUCACCUGAAUUUCAUCUUCCUCCACUAUACCUACAUCAUCUCCUGGGCUCUCGUCGGCUCCGUCAUCGUUUAUCCCGGCAACGACAUUUCCUACAUCGAUGCCCUCUUCCAGGCGGCCGGCGCCGCCACCCAAAGUGGGCUGAACACCGUCGAUCUCAACCAACUUCGGCUGUACCAACAGAUUGUGCUGUACAUCAUUACAAUUCUGUGUACCCCAAUCUUCAUCCACAGCGCGCUGGUGUUUAUUAGAUUAUAUUGGUUCGAGAAACGCUUUCAGCAUGUGGUUCGCGACGCGCGAGCCUUGCGCCCCACGCGAUCCCGCAUGGAGACCAUCAGCGAGGACAAGGAAAGCCAGGAUCUCAAUCGUGCAGAGCUUGGGGUGGGUGGCAGGCCGAUUGUGGUGCUGCGGACCAAUACCGGGGAUGCUCGCGAAAAUCGCAUCACGGAUCCGGCCAGUAAGGCCGCCGACCAGGGAAACUCGGAAAGCGAAUCACCUGCCGGCCAAGAAACCAGUGGCCAUUCCAGCUCGGAGGAUGCGCCAUCUGGCACCGAACGUCGAUUCGGACUGGGUAGUUUGCGAGUGCCGACUCAGUUGAGUCCAGAGACCCACAUCGCAUUCUUGGAAAACCAGCGGAAGAGCAAAGGCGCACUGCGAAUUCCCAGUCCGCGCGAGUACGAUCGUGGUGGAGUGCCUGAGGAUUUAGAGGAAGAAGGAAAAGAGGACGGCAAUGAGCAGGCUCAACCGCCCAGUCCUCGUGCCAAACGCCAGGACUCCAUGCACUCGGAAGAGCCCGACCAGCUUGGCCCCCUCGAAGGGCCCCAUAUCACCAUUAACGAACCCGAAAUUGCACGAACACGUACACGCGGAAACACCUUCCCUCGCCUGGAUACACGGCCCACUGUCCGCGAAACCAAAGAUGGCGCUGAUACCACCCUCGGUCCGACAGCCACGAGGAAUACUGUGCGGGGGUUCUUCCGGUCCCUAACCCAAGAGCGGGAACUUUCAACCCAGCCGUAUCUCAGCUGGAAUGCGACGGUGGCUCGCAAUUCAAAUUUCGUCGAUCUGACCGAAGAACAGCGGGAUGAACUGGGCGGUAUUGAAUACCGUGCCCUGAAGACCCUGGCGGUGGUGCUGAUCUCUUACUAUGUUGGGUUUCAUGUCAUUGGCAUGAUCAGCAUGAUUGGUUGGAUCAUGACGGUGCCUCGAUGGGGCAACAUCGUCAAAGAAGACGGCAUUGGCCGGCCUUGGUGGGGGAUAUUCACCUCUGCCUCUGCCUUCAAUGACCUGGGCUUCACGCUGACCCCAGACUCGAUGAACUCUUUCCAGACGGCAGUGUUCCCGCUGCUGCUGCUGGCAUUUUUGAUCAUUAUCGGAAAUACUGGGUUUCCUUGUAUGCUACGGUUGAUUAUUUGGGUUCUGUCGAAAUUUGCGCGCCAGGGCACUGCCCUAUGGGAAGAGUUGAAGUUCUUACUGGAUCAUCCUCGUCGAUGCUUUACCUUGUUGUUCCCUCGCAACGCUAGUUGGUGGCUGUUUGCGAUUUUGGUGGUCAUGAACGGAGUCGAUGUUAUAUUCUUCAUUAUUUUGGACCUCAAUGAUCCCACCGUGACAGCACUGCCACCCGGCAUUCGAGUUUUGGAUGGGUUCUUCCAAGCGGCGGCCACACGAACUGCUGGUUUCGGAGUGGUCAGCCUGUCGGACCUCCAUCCGGCCAUCCAAGUUUCGUACUUGAUCAUGAUGUACAUCUCGGUGUUCCCGAUCGCCAUUUCCAUGCGCCGGACAAACGUUUACGAAGAGAAGAGCCUUGGUAUCUACAGUUAUGGGGAUGAAGACGACGAGGAGGACACCCAAACGGCACCCACCUAUAUCGGCGCUCACUUGCGACGCCAGCUGAGUUUUGAUCUGUGGUAUGUCUUCUUGGGGCUGUUUGUCAUUGCCAUUGCAGAGGGUAGCCGGCUAGAGGCGCAGAACGACUACUCCUUCCAGCUGUUCAAUGUGUUGUUUGAAGUGGUGUCAGCCUACGGCACGGUGGGUCUUUCGUUUGGAUACCCGGGGGUCAACACCUCGUUCUCAGGCCAGUUCAACGUGAUCUCCAAGCUGGUGAUUAUCGCCAUGCAGAUUCGUGGCCGCCACCGUGGUCUACCGUACGCGCUGGAUCGCGCCGUGCUUUUACCCUCGGAUGCGUUGAACCGGCAUGAGGCUGAGGAAGGGGAGCGUCGCAUGCGCCGACGCACCUCGAAUCUCAGUGGAGGUGGGUCUCUGGGUCGGUCGCAAUCACGCACAUUCUCGCAAUCACGCACCGAUGCUGCUCAGUCCUCGGGGCUGGAUACCCAGGACUGGUAUAUGCCGCAGGCGUCGAAUGGCAAUCUCGUGCAUCGGCAGUCGACGAUUCGGUCGACGCGCGAACGAUAA